AUGAAAAGAGGAGUACUAAAGUUUGUAGCCUCUCCGAUGAACGGUGGGAAGACAACUAACAUGUUGCUGAGGGCAAAGAGAGCCAGCGUCCUAGGGUGGAAGGUGCUUCUGGCAAAGCCUCAGAUUGAUACCAGACACAGCAGCACCAUAAUAAAGUCACGAUGCGGUGCCGAAAUGGAGUGUAAUCUAUGUAUUGAUCCUCAGUUCAACUUUAUGAAGGACAUUUCAUAUAAGGAUGUAGAUAUCCUGUUUGUAGAUGAAGCACAGUUUCUGAGCACCCGGCAGAUAGAAGAGCUAAGGGAAGUUGUAGAUGUCCACAAGGUCUCGAUAUGGUGCUAUGGCCUUCUCACGGAUUUCAAGAAGAAUCUGUUUGAAGGGUCAAGAAGGUUGGUUGAGCUAUGUGACAAGAUGUAUGAGCUUGAUGUUCUGUGCUGUUUUUGCUCUGAGAGCGGAAGAUUCCACCUGAAGUAUACCGACGGGAAGGCUAGUCUGUCUGGGCCUUCAAUCGAAGUCACUACUCCUGAGAAUGAUAAGUUUGUUUCUGUGUGCCAUAUGUGUUGGACAGAAAAGACAUCAUCAUCGGAGGGAGGAUGUCCCACGCUUUUCUGCGGUGAAGGUGUUCCAGUGGAUAAGGCCCUGGAGAUAAAUGGAUAA